GGAGACAGGACUGGGGGAGGAAGCACCAGGAAGGGCGGCUUUGCGUAUGGAUGGGGACCGGCUCUGGGAUUCGCAGGGGGUUUCCCAGCCAAAGUGCAGCUGGCUCCUGCCACCGCCGCAUCACCCUGGGUCCCCCAUCAGCCAGGCAGCCCGGCGCCCCUCGGCCUGGUGCAGCGGGCACGUCCCCCUUCAGCCAGGGGAGAGCCACGAUGGAGACACGCAACCGGGAGAUGGAACUUCUGAGCAACAGCAUGGCCGCCUACGCCCACAUCCGAGACAAUCCUGAGAGUUUCGGCCUCUAUUUUGUCCUGGGCGUCUGCUUCGGCCUGGUGUUAACCCUCUGCUUGCUGGUGAUCCGCAUCUCCUGCCAGCCGCACACCCACAGCCUCCCGGCCCAGCCCCGGCGCAGCCUGCGGGACAUCAGCGAGGACGAAGAGGAGGACGAGGAGGACGAGGACACGGUGGACAACGUGGCGGUGGAGUCCCUGCUGCCCAUUACGGAAAUCCCCCUGGAGAACCACAGCCCGGCAGAUGGCCCCUUGACUGUCAAUGUCUUUGCCUCGGCAGAGGAGCUGGAGCGGGCGCAGCGGCUGGAGGAACGGGAGCGUAUCAUCCGGGAGAUCUGGCGCAACGGCCAGCCGGACAUCCUGGGCACGGGCACCGUGGGCAGAGUGCACUACUACUGACCGUAGGCACGGAGCCAGGCUGCCCUAGUGUUCCCCGAGCGAGACGGCAGCGGCAGGCCCCACCCC